UACUCCUCUGUAAUCAAAAUGUCGGCACGAUUGAUAAUGAGCAGAGAAAAGAAAAUAUUUUCUUAGAAACUUGACACCUUCCGGGUGAAACAAGGACAUUAGAGCCGCACAAUAAUCUAUAAAUACUUUAUAGGUCAGUAACUCUGGAUAUUUAUACAGCAUUCCAACAGAUCUGUGGCACAACAUCAGUAAGACGACGAGACGACCUACAAAACUUCACAGUCACAGAGAAACACCUUGAUGAUCAUGGACAAGAUGGCAUUUCUUUGGUUUUGGAGUUCCCUUUCAACAUCUGCUUUCGUAUUUUCCGACGGAAGAACAAUACCUUUUGGAUCAUCGGUAUUUUUAGACAAAUUUCGUUCCCGACGCAGCUUACUAGGCAGUGUAGAACCAGUAUUGUUACCACUAUCAAUGAUUGAUAAUGGUUUAGUGAUAUACCAAACUGAUGAAAUUGAAAAGCUUGUCAGCAACAGUAGAUCAUAUGGAACAGAAUGCCCAGGAAGUUAUGAACAACUUCCAGAGAACGCACCGCUUUAUGCUAGGUCAAAUUGUCCUUGGUUUUAUGUGCGCAGCAAACAUGAUCCUAACAGAUUCCCUGCGUCACUUCCGGAGGCCGUCAGUAAAUGUAGAAGUCAAUGUCUGGGACUACCUAACGAUAUCGUAGACGAUUUUGCUUGUGACUACGUCUUCAGUAACGUGACAGUGUUAGUCAGAGAAUACCACAACAAUAUCCCACGCUAUAUCGAAACUAUUCAACAUAUUCCCGUUGGAUCAACAUGCGUGAGAAGAACAGAGACGACAUGAGAACAUGUUCAGAAAUUCAGGAAAUUGAUAUGACAAAUAAAUUUGCAUGUUUUCAUUAACUUAAGUAACGAUAUUCAUAUUAUUGACUUAGUUUCGGUGAAUACAAGAAAUUGUUAGCCUUCGAAAGGUGAAAUAUUUAAAGUUAUGAGAAAUUUACCCAUAAUCACAUAACAGCAAUGAAAAAAUGUAUCAGGAAGGCAAGUAGUAUGUCUCCAGCGUGGCAUUUUUCGUAAUAUAAUCCCAGAAUACCUAUUAAUAUUGGUGUGUUUCGAUGUAUGUUUACUAUAAAAGUUUGCAAAUCGGUAUUCGAUAUAAUGUCAAAAUAUUUGUUAUCAAGCCCAACAGUAGUUUUGUCUGCCAUUUCGUUUACAAUGCAUGUUACAGCGUUUGUCCGAUGAUCGACGAUCCUCUCUCUUAAGACUGGUCAAACAUACUAAAGAUAGAAAACGUCAAAAAUCAGUCAUAUAACAAAAUUUGUCAUUGACCAAUCAGAGCAGUAUUCAACUUAUCCACAGAAUGAAGCGAAAGUAGAAUUUAUUUGGUACAUGUCGGCUGUCUUACAUUCAUGUCAUUAAGUUAAUUUGGCUUUUAACUAUAUAUGCAAACACAUGUCACAUUUGACAACAUAUCUAUCCCGGGGUAUGACACAUAUAAAGUAAUGUUAAGGUAUAUCCAGUGACCUAUGACCCUUAGGAUAAUGCAAUUUAUUCCAUUUGUUACUACUGCAUCUUACUCCGAUUUUCUUUUUAAAGGUAUUUCCUUAAAGGGGCAUUCCUUCGUUCGGAAAUCAGAAACGUCCACAAUUUCUAUUGAUGAAAUCUAUGUCCGAACGAUGAUCAUAUGAGUGUUUGUGCCUACAAGUAAUGAAAUAAAUACCAAAAUGUUCAAGAA